AUAAGUUUGAGUGAGGUGCCCAUGACAAGUCUGUAGUGCUGUACAUAGUCGAGAGUCUAGACUUUCCUACUUGGGUGGACCACCUGGCAACUGCCAAGAUUAAGAGACCUCCAUAGAACCACCAACAACUCAAUCAACUCACCUGACUCCUGAAAACCAUCCGAAACCAGAUCGACUGUCUCUUGAUACUCAAAUCUUCUAGAAGGAACGAAACAGCUCGGACAUCGGACAUCAAGGUUUUUUAACGAGCCCACUUUCACAACAGCACACUUCUGUUAUCCUCGACAGUUACCAAAGGAGAUGGGCGGGAAAGAUCUAACGCCGUUCGGGAAUGCCUUAGCCGGAGCGAUCGGAGGGGUGAUCUCGAACGCGGUCGUGUACCCAUUGGACACCGUCAAGACCAAGAUCCAAGCCCAGACUGACGAACUCGUGUCGGAAAAGGACAGCCUUCCAAGCCCACAACUCAAGCGUCCAAAUGCCCCUAAUCGACUGCCGGCAGCCUGCCGCUCAACCGCCUUCCAGGUCGUCCUCCAAGUCCUCAAGUCGCAGGGUAUCGGCGGAUUUUAUCGCGGCUUCUUGGCUAGUAUGCUCAACACAUUCUCAAUGCAGUUCGCUUAUUUCUAUUGGUACAUGGUCGUAAGGAAGACUUACACUACAAGGGUCCUUCCCAAAUCAUCCGGAGCCGGUCCUUCUAAAGCACCGAACCUAAGCAUCAUAACUGAAUUGUCCUUGGGAGCCCUAGCAGGAGCGAUUGCCCAAAUCUUCACGAUCCCAGUCUCAGUCGUUGCGACCCGACAGCAACUAGACAACUCGAAAACCGGAGGAAAAUCCUUACUGACCACCGCCUCAGAGAUCAUCCGCGACGAUGGGCCGACGGGAUUGUGGCGAGGGCUCAAGCCAUCCUUGGUCUUGACCGUCAACCCAGCGAUCACCUAUGGGAGCUUCGAACGCUUGAAGCUGAUCGUCUUGGGGCCUGAGGGCAAGAUGACCCCUGGAAAAGCCUUCUGGAUGGGCGCCCUCAGCAAAACUCUCGCCACUGUGAUCACUUAUCCUUAUAUUAUGGCCAAGGUCAGGCUUCAGGCUAAGUACGAUACGCCUACCUCCGACGAUCAUUCUCAAGCAUCCGAAAAAUCUUCGCCUUCUAAGAAACUUCCUCCUCCAAAGGAACGUUACUCUGGGGCAAUCGACGUCUUGAGACAAGUUUAUGCCGAGAAAGGUUGUUCGGGAUGGUAUCAGGGCAUGCAAGCUCAAAUCAUGAAGGCCGUCCUGUCUCAAGCAUUACUAUUUGGAAUCAAAGACAUCCUCGAAGAUUACACCGUCCUGCUCCUCAUCCUAGCCUCCAACUUACGAAAAACUCAGUUAUCUAAAUUACCAAAGUAGUUAUCCAACAUUCAUCUCUACACCCCAAUCAUUUCGAUCCCCUCUCUCCCUUCCUUCUCCCGCAAAGCUGCACUCUCUCUUUCGCUUUCUCUUAUAGGUAUAGUCAUUCAAUUAGAUCUCAUGGCAAGUUCAAGCAAAAAAAAAAACAAAGAUUCAAAAU